AUGCGUCAGCUGAUCAACACGAUUUACAUCGCUGGGUAUUCGGUGUCGCUGAUCGCCCUCGCCAUUUCCCUGGUCAUCUUCUUCUAUUUUAGGAACCUCCAGUGCACGAGAAUCCGCUUGCACAAGAAUCUCUUCGUCAGCUUCAUGAUCAACAACAUCAUGUGGAUCGCCUGGUACCUCGAAGUGGCUGGCAAACCCGAUACCGUUCUGAAUAACAGCAUCGGCUGCCAGGUCCUCCACAUCCUCGUCCAGUACUUCCUCGUCUCCAGCUACUACUGGAUGUUCUCCGAGGGUCUGUACCUGCACAUGCUCCUCAUGGUCGCCUUCGUCGCCGAGGACCGCCUCAUAAUGGUUCUACCUGCUGGGGUGGGGGCGCCGGCCCUCAUCAUCGUCGGUGUAUGCGGCAGCGAGGUCAGCGGCACCACCGACACGCAGUACUGCUGGAUCGAAGAAAGUCACUACACUUUCAUCCUCUCCGCACCGGUGUGUGUCUCGAUCCUGGCCAAUCUGGUGUUCCUGGUCAACAUCGUCCGCGUGCUGGUGACCAAAUUGAGGGCCAACCACGUCGCGGCGGACACCAAUGGCACUCGCAAGGCCGUGAGGGCCACGCUCAUCCUCAUCCCGCUGCUCGGCCUUCACUACGUCCUCAUGCCUUUCAGGCCGGCAAAGGGUUCACACUGGGAAUUCGUUUAUGAAGUCAUUUCAGCCGUCGUGUCGUCCUUCCAGGGAUUCUGCGUGGCGCUUUUGUUCUGCUUCUGUAAUAGUGAGGUGGUCAUGGCAGUGAAGAAAAAGUGGUAUCAGUAUCAGUUCAUGCACGACCAUCGACGUUUUUCUUUUACGUCUGCUUGCAUCAUGUCCGUAAACUCUCCUUCAUUCCAGGGUGUGCAUGGCAAGGGAACUCAGGAUGCGAAGAGACCCUCACCCUACCGUUCUACCUUCCAUCACUCUCCUCGUCAGGAGGCCAGUAGGAUGACGGGCGCGACUGCCUUGGGAGCAGGAGCGGCAGCAGGAGGAGGAGGAGGAGAGGGCGUCUCUCCUGGUGGCAGCGGUGGGAUGUCUCCUCCCGUUGGCCGCGCGGAAGAGGGUCGAGGCUACAGGACGACCACAGGCGACCGAGCCCUCCUGCUGGAGAGCCACCGCGCAGUCGUCGAGAGGUCGAGGAGCAACAGCUUCACGAUGGUUGACGUGAGGCAGAAGGAGCUGGAGGAGGAGGAGGAGAGUCUGGAUGGGAGUGAUGCGAACGACCUGAAGAGAAGGAGGAGGAGGUCUUACGAAGCCCAGCGAUGCACCAACCCUUCGGAGACUGCUGGGCUGGUGGUCGUGGAGGUGCUGCCCCCUGAGGGCUCCGGGGCGAAGGGCAAGGGGGGCAAGGGGGCCGGAAAGGGAGACGCGAUCGAGAUGAAGGCCAUCACGCCCGCCGUAGUCCUGACCACACACGUGCACGACGAAGACGUAGGUGUCAUGCAAGUGUAAUGCAAGGACCACGAGAGCCUAAAGGAUUAGAAGGAAACGGUCUGCAAACGCUGAGAAGUUUCCGGGUAACACAAACAAGUGAAGCUGCUCCGAGGUUUCACAAAUGCAGAAAUGCAGCGUCAUGCAGGCGUGACGAAGGGCGAAGUCGGAGACACGUGGAAAUAGAUGCCUAGUCUGUAAGUACGGAGCAGGCGGCGACACUGGGGGAGGAGGUAGACGAUCCUAAACUAAAUAUAUUAGUUAUUUUUUAUUAAUACUGAACUA